CAGCAUGAAAUGGGCUUCACACAUUAUACCCAUACAUGAAUCGAGCCUGGGUCUUCGGCGCGACGAGCGAACGCUCUAAUCACUACGGUACCCCACCGCGCCUAUGCUGACAUGUUCCUGAGAUAAUCUUUUCAAGUCCAGUUGAACUACACACAAGGAAAUACACACAUUAAUACUUUUCUCAUCUCUAACAACGAAUAGUGAUGGCUAUCGCUCACAACAUGCAGAUCGAUAAUCGGAAUUCAGUCAUCGAUCAAUAAUCGAUUGUAAUUGUAAAGCCCACCACAGAACUCAUGUGGGCCAAAACGGCACACAAUCACAACAAACGAAACAGGCACCUAUUAAUAAUAAUAAUAUCGAAGAUCGAUUAUACUUCAAGUUAAGACACACACGCAAAUUGCAAUUGGUUGUUUACAUUGCAGUUUAAUGACUCAGGAAAAUGCUUUCAUUGUUCAUGUCUUAAUAUAACAAACAUAACGAUUAGAAACAUACUUUCUAAAUUUAGUUUUGAUGUUUCAUUUUUUAUAAAUAUUGAUUAGUCCCCUGAGCUCAUUGAUAAUCGCUGACACAAGCAACGUCGAUCAAUUGACCAAUUAUUUGAUCAAUCGCUUCAGCACUAUGAAAUACCCAGUGAGAAAUAAUGCAUGUCACUCAAUUCUUGGUGGUUGGUGUGGGCACAGGAUAGUGUCUCUCUAACGCUCAGGCGACAGGUUUCUCCAGACGUGGACCUGAUUGGUACGAUUGGUGGAGGAAAUACAUCCGCGGACAUCAUAACACCUCCUACAUGUUCAUAACGUUCAUGGACCCGCCUGGAGACAAUGUUUCUUCCGUCAUGUCUCUGCAGUAAGUAGGAACCUGGAUUCGUCACUAAACCAAAUGCGUGGACAGUUCCGUAGGUUCCAGGUAGUCAUAUUGUUAAACCAACGGAGACGUUGAGCGCGAUGGUGACGACGUAGCACGGACCUGGCGUAGGGUCUCCUGGCUCUCAGUCCAAUCUCUCUCAACCUGUUCCGAACAGAAAUCCUCCGAUAUCCUACGAAGUCCAGACACCCUGGUUGCUGCACUCUCACCCGUGGCAGUACUAUCACGCAAAUAUAGUACCCGGAUGUACCGAUCUUGGGUUGCAGUGGUGACUCGAGGUACGGAAACCCCUUCCUGUACGGUGACAGUCAUUUGUUAUGCCAGUUUGGUUGUAACGAGCUGCAAGACUUGAUAUCAUGGUCUCACUUACAUUCAGAUGCUUGGUAACAGAAGAUUGUGACUCUCCAGCCUGCAUUCUUCCAAUGGCGAUGGAGAUGAUAUAUGGUAGUCAGCUUCUAGUUCGAUUGGGUUCGGUCCUUAUUGGGUUCAUCAUCCUCCUUGGCUUCUCCGUUUUCUUCAAGGACCCGAACACCAUCAACAACCAACCUCUGGAGGAGAUCCGGAAAGAGAUCUCAUAUAUCAGGGGCUGUCUCAGAAUAUCAGAAUCAAGCAGCAACACUCAACACAUGUCAACCCAGGGUGAAGAGGGAGUCGAAGCUGACUAUUCACCAGCGAAGGCAUCCCCGUCAUCAACUUCAGCAAAGGCAUCCAAUUCUGAAGCACCAAGAUACCAUCUUCGACCUCGAAACCCGUCCCCGCCAGUCCAAGCCCAGUGCUCAGUGGGGAAUCUCUAUUUAAAACUUCUCCAAGAUUGUCGCCAUUUUGAACAAAACACAAAGAAAAAUGGCAUUCUUGCUCGAGCUGUUUUAGCGGAAAAGAAUUGACUGAUUCAGUAGCCGAUAGACUUUCAUUAAUCAUUUAAAGGAUUAAUUAUGUUGUGUUGUGAUUUGCUUUCUGGAAAGUCAACAGGUCGUAUUUGUAAGAAACAGAGAGAUCUUGCAAAGUUUUUGAAAAUGAAUGGUUUAAGCAUAAAAUGCUUAAAUAGUUAUAUAGGGAAUUGUGAAUAUAAUUCUUUUUAGUGGAAGACAAUCUUUUAGAACCAUCCUCUAGCUUUUU